GUUGACGGAACCGCCAUCUUGAAAAGUGCCCUCUGCCGAGCUACCUUUUUUCGCGCCUGUUAGAAUCAGUUUUUAAUGCUUUAUUUUUUUUCUGGGGAAGUUGUACGGUUAUCCCCAAUGCUUGGUGAAGUCUUGGGACAAAUGGCAAGAUAGGAUAGGCCCCGGAUACCUGCCUUUUGCCUUUGUAUGCCGGUGUGCCAUUGUGUGGGGUCCACUCUGUCUGCUUGUCUGUAAAUCCAGCAAGCCUGGAAUGGGCCAAAUCCUACAGAGACUAGAAUACACUUGUUUUUAACUUAAGCUCCAGCAUCUGGAGUAUAACUCUUACAGUCAACAUGUUUUGGAAAUUUGACCUCCACACCACGUCCCACAUCGACACCCUUUUGGAGAAAGAAGAUGUGACAUUGACGGAGAUAAUGGAUGAGGAUGAUGUGCUGCAGGAGUGUAAAGCCCAGAACCAUAAACUGGUGGACUUUUUGUUGAGACCUCAGUGUAUGGAAGACUUGGUCACAUUCAUCACACAAGAGCCAAACACUGAUGUUGAGGAGAAAGUUAAAUACAAAUACCCCAAUAUUUCAUGUGAGCUGCUUACAUCAGAUGUUGGUCAAAUCAAUGAUCGUCUUGGAGAAGAUGAAAAGCUCCUGAUGAAACUGUAUGGCUUCCUUCAAAACGAACCACCUCUGAACCCACUUCUGGCUAGUUUCUUCUCCAAAGUCCUUUCCAUUCUUAUAGGCCGCAAACCGGAACAGAUAGUAGAUUUUUUAAGAAAACGUGAGGAUUUUGUUGACCUGAUGAUCCGGCAUAUUGGAACGUCCGCCAUCAUGGACUUGCUGCUCAGAAUGCUCACCUGCAUCGAACCACAACAGCUGCGACAGGAUGUGCUCAGUUGGCUUAAUGAGGAAAAGAUUAUUCAGAGGCUGAUAAAUGUGGUACAGCCAUCUCAAGAUGAGGAUAGACACUCCAAUGCCUCCCAAUCCCUCUGUGAGAUCAUCAGACUAAGUAGAGACCAGAUGUUUCAAGUCCAGGGCUGCACAGAACCUGACCCACUGCUUUCUACAAUAGAAAAGCAGGAAACAGUUGAGCAGUUGCUGUCCAAUAUUUUUGACUGUGAAAAAAAUGAGUCGGCAAUUGUCAGUGUCAUACAGAUCCUUCUCACAUUGUUUGAGAUGAGGAGACCAGCGUUUGAGGGGCAUAUGGAAUGCCUCCCUGGUAUGUCUCACUCUUCAUUCUCAGUAAAUCAGAGCAUCCUGGAGGCGGUGAGACCAAGACUGAAAGAUUUUCAUCAACUGCUUUUAGAACCUCCAAAGAAGAAUGUGAUGAAGACAACAUGGGGAGUGUUGGACCCUCCUGUUGGCAACACCAGGUUAAAUGUAGUCAGACUGGUCGCUAGUCUGUUACAGACCAACACACACAGCAUUAACACGGAACUUAUCAACCUCAACACACUGGGAGUUAUUCUAGACAUGUAUUUCAAAUACAUCUGGAACAACUUUCUCCACAUUCAAGUGGAGAUCUGCACUGCCAUGAUCCUGGCAAUGCCUUCAACCCCCACUGAUAUUCAGCAGGACAAAGACCAGGACGGCCCGAGGGAAAGCAUCCUCAUCAAACACCUGUUUCAAAAGUGCCAGUUUAUCCAGAGAAUUGUAGAUGCUUGGAACUCCAAUGAACAAGAACAGGCGGAGGGUGGUCGGCGACGGGGAUACAUGGGUCAUCUCACAAGAAUAGCAAAUUCUAUUGUCCACAACUGCGACAAAGGCCCCAACGGACCCCAGAUACAACAGCUUAUUUCAGAGCUGCCAGCAGAAGACCGGGAAAAAUGGGAGGCUUUCAUUUCAGGACAUUUGGCUGACACAAACAAGAGAAACACUGUUGAUUUGGUGAACACACACCACAUCCAUUCAUCGAGUGAUGAUGAAGUGGACUUCAAAGACAGCGGUUUUCACCAGGAUUCCUCUCUGCAACAAGCCUUUUCUGAUUAUCAGAUGCAACAAAUGACGUCCAAUUUUAUUGAGCAGUUCGGCUUCAAUGAUGAAGAGUUUGCUGAUCAGGACGAUGUUGUGGAUAUUCCCUUCGAUAGAAUAUCAGACAUCAACUUUUCACUGAACACAAAUGAAAGUGCAAAUAUAGCCUUGUUUGAGGCCCGCUGUAAGGAGAAAAUCCAGCAGUUUGAAGAUGCUGGUUCAGAUGAGGAAGAUAUUUGGGAUGAAAAAGAUGUGACCUUUGCACCAGAGGCACAAAGACGCCCCAGAAGUUCAGGUAGUACAGACAGUGAGGAGAGCACAGACUCAGAAGAGGAGGAAGUCAAGAGAGAUCCUUUUGAAGCUGCUGCUCCCAGCACUGAUGACAGGAUGGAAGUGGACACAGGGCCAGUAUGGACAGCUAACUUUGACGACAUACCGAUGGACACUGGUACCUCUACUGCCUCAGCUGCCAAUCCCAACAAUUCUUCUACGUCCUCAUCCACAGAUGGCCCUGCGGAGGUCUCAUGGAGCUCCCCUCCUUCAUCCGUGUCCAACUCUGAAACGGGCUGGGCCAAUUUCUGCAACUUCAACUCCGUCAGUCCCAAAGACCCUCUGAGGUCCAACUCUCCUGUUGCUAUGGAGACCAGCAUAGAGACCGAUCCACUUGGGGUAAACGCACCUCUGCAACAUGAAGAUUGUGAUGGCUGGUUAGACAACAGUAAAGUCCCUCCUUCCUCCCCAAAAGACUCGAGUGAAUCUAAGUCGGAGGAAUCAUCGGAGCAACGCAGCAUCACUGAGACAGUCAUCAAUGGCUCUAUGAAGGAGACGGUCAGCCUCACUGUGGACGCCAAGACGGAGACCGCAGUCUUCAAGAGUGAUGAAGAGAAGAGUUCUUCACCAGAGAAAUACUCGGUUGGGGACGGUGGAGAUCCUGAGAAAGUUGAGCUCAGUAGUCCAGCUGCAGCCUGCUGUCCAAAAAAAGGCAGUGAGAAAGUAUCUAAUGGUCCUCUUGAAGAGAUGUCCCCUACUGAAGAGGUCAAGACGGAGGUGUCUUCCCCUUCCCCAGAGGCAGCUGUAAACGGCCCCGUGUGAGUGAUGUAAUGCACAUGUGCGGCCAGCCUGUGAUGCCCCCGGGCUCCUCCUCCCCGGUCAGUCAGUGGAGGCCUCCGAUCAGAGCUGUACCAAUCAUACGCCCCUCCAGGAUCAGCAAUAGUCCCACGAGCUCACCACCACUGACACACAGACAGUUGUACAGACAUGAGAAGGACUGAAGACACGUGUCACUCACUCAAAAUGAAUACAGAAGAUUUUUCUGCAUUUGUUUAUAAGCUGUUGUUCUUAAGGGGUUAUGUGCAACUGAUCUCUUGCCACUCAAAAUUAAAUAGUCAUGUUGCAAUAGCUAAAGAAAUGAUUGUAUGAAUAAAAUAUUUUACAAAAAGACAAAUGUAUACAGAAACAUGAGGAAUUAACUUGGUGAAGGCGUAGUACAACUAAACUGGUUUUACUUGUGACUCAAUUUGUUAAUCACGAUAUAUUUGACAGUUUCACCCUCCAAUGCUCUCAGUUUUAUUUUUGCUGUUAAUGUUUUAUGUAAAUAUUUUUUCUUGUGGUCUUCAGCAAUGAGACUGAUUUAAAAAGUCUUUUUUUUUUUUUGUAUUUAUUUUGCGAUAGUUCCUUAAGGGAUAUACUAACAUAUUGUGUCCCCUUUUGAGCUUUCAUACCAUCUUGUGUUCUUCUCACAACAACACUGCUUGAGCAAGAAGCUGCUAAUGUGUGGGUUGCACCUAAGCAAGUGCAAGUGUCUCCAGGAAGUUUUCUACCACUUUUGAUACCAGACGUCUUUUUUGUUCCAAAUUUUGUUAAAGGUGCACUUGGAUGUUUCCAGGCAUUAAUGUCACACAUCUGUAUGUGCAUCUUAUAGAAAACUAAAUUUGACUGGGCCUGGACAAACCUACCAGCCUACCACUUGUAACCUAAUGACUUGUACGUAUUAGAGAAAAGCAGCAGGUACCACUUGACUGUGGGGGUUGCAAAAGGGGCGUUGUUGAGCAUUUAUUAAUAAAAGUGCGCACAGACGUUGGAAAUA